GGUCGCCAGGGCCGAGAAGCCGGAAGGCAGUGGAGCCCGCAGGGGGCGGGCGGGGCGAGGGAGCGGGAAGUACAAGGCGCGCGCGCCCGCGAGUCCCGGAGGGACGGGGUGCGCGCGCCCUGCGAGGAACCGGGAGGCGGAGUUUGAAGCGCACUCGCAGGAAGAGGGCGCCACGGAGCCGAGGCGGAGGGCGACUUCGGGCGGGGCUGAGGGCAGGGCGUGACGCCGAGGGGCGGGGAAAGGCGAGGCGAGGACGCGCUUGCGGGGUGGGGAAGGCGGGGGCGCGGCGGUGGCGGGAGCGUCCCUGGUCUCCGCCCCUGUUUCCCACUCCUUCCACCUCCGACCGGCCGAGGCUUCGGGAGAGGUGCCGCUCGCGCGUCUCCGGAGCCGCCCUGCUGCCGCCGCCGCCCUCCGGCCGCGGCGGGCCGCCCAGCUCCUUGCUCGCUGUGCUGCUCCGUCUGGGCCAUGGAUGGCGGGGAUCUGAUGAACUUCUUUCUUCUGGCAUUAUUAACGGAUCUUUUACCAUGAACAAUUCUAGUCCUUCUGCAGGUGUUUAUGCUAAUGGGAACGACAAUAAGAAAUUUAAAGGAGAUAGACCAUCCUGUUUACCUUCUCGAGUUCUUCAUCUUCGCAAAAUUCCAGAUGAUGUCACUGAAGCAGAGGUCAUAUCAUUAGGUCUCCCAUUUGGCAAAGUAACUAAUCUUUUGAUGUUGAAAGGGAAAAGCCAGGCUUUCUUAGAAAUGGCUUCUGAAGAAGCUGCUAUUACUAUGGUGAACUAUUACACUCCUGUUACUCCUCACCUUCGAAGCCAGCCUGUUUUUAUUCAGUAUUCCAAUCACAGAGAACUUAAGACUGACAAUCUACCUAAUCAAGCUAGAGUUCAAGCUGCACUGCAAGCUGUCAGUACUGUCCAGUCAGGAAGUCUGGCCCUUCCUGGAGCUCCUACCAAUGAAGGCACAAUCUUACCUGGGCAGAGCCCUGUACUCCGAAUAAUUAUUGAAAACCUAUUUUACCCUGUCACUCUGGAAGUUCUUCAUCAGAUAUUUUCUAAAUUUGGCACAGUCUUGAAGAUUAUCACCUUUACAAAGAAUCAUCAGUUUCAAGCCUUGCUUCAGUAUGCUGACCCACUGAAUGCACAUUAUGCCAAAAUGGCUCUGGAUGGCCAGAAUAUCUAUAAUGCAUGCUGUACUCUUCGUAUUGACUUCUCCAAGCUCACCAGCCUUAAUGUGAAAUACAAUAAUGACAAAAGCAGAGACUUCACUCGCAUAGACCUUCCUACUGGUGAUGGCCAGACAUCCCUUGAAUCCCCGAUGGCUGCUGCUUUUGGUGCACCAGGUAUAAUUUCCUCACCAUAUGCCGGGGCUGCUGGAUUUGCCCCAGCCAUUGGAUUUCCUCAAGCUACAGGCUUAUCAGUUCCAGCUGUUCCUGGAGGUCUUGGUCCUCUCACAAUCACCUCUUCUGCCGUCACUGGAAGAAUGACCAUUCCUGGGGCUAGUGGUAUAUCAGGAAAUUCUGUGCUACUUGUCACCAAUCUCAAUCCAGAUCUUAUCACACCACAUGGGCUUUUUAUCUUAUUUGGAGUAUAUGGUGAUGUCCACAGAGUGAAGAUUAUGUUUAAUAAGAAAGAAAAUGCCUUGGUUCAAAUGGCAGAUGCAAAUCAAGCUCAACUAGCAAUGAACCAUCUGAGUGGUCAGAGACUUUAUGGAAAGGUGCUUCGUGCUACACUGUCCAAACAUCAAGCAGUUCAGCUUCCUCGAGAGGGACAAGAAGAUCAAGGUCUAACUAAAGAUUUUAGCAAUAGUCCUUUGCAUCGUUUUAAAAAGCCUGGCUCCAAAAACUUCCAGAAUAUUUUUCCACCAUCAGCCACUCUGCAUCUUUCCAAUAUCCCCCCUUCUGUUACAGUGGAUGAUCUGAAGAACCUUUUUAUAGAAGCUGGAUGUUCAGUGAAGGCUUUCAAAUUCUUUCAGAAGGACCGCAAAAUGGCACUCAUUCAGUUGGGAUCUGUGGAAGAAGCAAUCCAGGCCCUCAUUGAGCUUCACAAUCAUGACCUUGGAGAAAAUCACCAUCUCAGAGUCUCCUUCUCAAAAUCUACCAUCUGACUUUUCUGUGAAUUUUUCUCCUAAGACUGGACCAUAAUAUCAGCAAACUUCAGACAUAGACUGAAACAAAUCAAGACCAGUUUUGCCUCUUUCACAAAAAUAUCUGUUUGAUAUUAAAGAAUGCUAAAAGGAAUCAAGAAAUAUUCUCUUUUCCACCCAUAAAUAUAUGAUCAAAGGUUUAGUUUUCCUUUGUACCAUAGUUCUAUGAAAAUAACUUUAGGAAAGUUUUCUUUUCAGUAGUUAAUUACUUAUAUUAAAUUGUAUUUAAAGAGGAUACUUUUAGCUAAAGUCCAGAUCAGCCUUAUACAGCAUUUCUAAUUCCUUUGUACUUUGACUUUUAUAAUUACUUACAACAGUUUUUAACCUUAUGAUUCCAAAAUUUUACCCCUGCAGGAAAUUAGCCUCACUUACAAAUUAUGCCAUUUAUUUGGCAUAUAUUGAUGGUUAUUAUAUGUAAAGUGAUUUGUAGUAAAAGCACAUUUGUAAAUUUAGUUAUUUUCUUUUUAUCCUCCCCCCAUUAUAAGACGCUCCUUUGAGUAAUGCUUCUUUUUUUUUUAAAGUUAUUAAGACUAUUUGGAGAAAUGAAGUGUCACAACUGUCCCAAGGAAAAUUAGGUUGACUCCGACCAGUAUCAUUAAGAUGUUAAGAUAAUUAGUAAUUUUAUUAGAAAUAUGUUAAAAAUUUUGAAAUGAUACCUGCUAAAUAAUAUGAUCCUGGAAACUUUAAAAAGUAAUCCUACUUAUAAACUACUUUUUUAUAAUUGUUUUGACAAAAAAAAAAGGUUUACAGUCUUAAGGAAUAUAUUCAGGUCUAUCAUAUGGUUUGACAGAUUUUUUAAAAGUUAUUUUUUGGUAUGGUCUUUUAGAAAAAAAGAAACUCAAGGGUUUUUUGUACCACUAUGAUCUCUAAUACUUAUUCAGAAUUACUGUGUAUUUACUUAAUUUCUUAUAUGUGCCUUAUGUGCUUAUGAAACAAUAGGUUAGAAUUUUAUCUUAAGUAUCUUGCAAGCUAUAUUGUGGGCUUGGGCUUGGCGAGCUUCCCCCCACCCCCUUUCUGUUUUGGUAGGGACUUUAAAAUUGUUUUAAUUGCGAUAUGAAGUGGUUUUCAAUAAGUAAUAGCUUUUAUUCAAAUUUUUGGUGCUUUGGUGCAGAGAUGGGCUGGGGAAGAGUGAAUGGUUUUGGAAUAACUCAGUGCACACCUGUAGGCCUCUUCACAUUACAACCAAUAGCAGUCACUGCCAGUUAUAGUAUACUACUUUGGGGCUAUAAAAUGCAACCUCAGUUUCUAGAUCUGGUCUAAUUCUUAUCACUCAUUAGAAUUUGUCUCAGGAUUACUUGUCUUGUCUCUUUACUCUGAGAGCUUGCUUUUAUUUGUUAAUUUAACAAAGCAAAGUUCCCACAUAUAUGGAAUUUGAGAAGCUGGGUUCUUUCUCAAACUCUGUCCUCACUUGUCUUUGGUUGAAUGUACAAUACAUUUUAAUAUUACUUCAGUGAUUGUGUAAUUUAAAAUUGUUUCUUUUUUAAAGAUAAACUUUGAUUUGUUAUUAUUUUUUCAAUGCCUGAUCAUAUUUUAUAAAGCAAAAUUUGUCAAAAAAGGUUCAUUUUUAUUCAUUCUUCUUGCCCUUUUCAGAUUUUUAGAGUGACUCAUCUCACCUACUAAAAGAAUAUUUCAACCUCUUUGCUAUAUGUCAGCCAUUAAUUUGAGCGUACACAAAUUUUUACAAAAGAAAUUUUACCCCAAAAAUUGGAGACUGUAUGUGAGAUUCUAUAUUGAGUAAAAGUAUAUUUCACUCAACACUGAGUAGCGGUUGGUAGGAUGGGGAGGGGCAGUGGAUUCUAAUUUGAGACCUUUCAAAUCAGUUAGUAUUAGCUUAAGAGAUAGGUAUAACCAAUCAUCUAUCUAUAUUUGCUUCACUUAGGAAGUAUACUUCUCUCAAAACAGUAAGAAGGGAAGGGAAAAACUUAGGAAAUCUUCUAAAAUGUACUUCUUUUUUUUUCUUCCAAAAAAGCACAAUUAUAAUUUCCAAUGGCAUUUUAAAUUGGGUUAUUACUUCAUUUGCUUCAAGUUAGGAAUUACUGUGUAGUUUUAUUUCAUGAUUCUGAUAAUAUUCAAUGUAAAAGUAGCAAAAGUAGCAGAAGGGGAAUCAUAAUGGUGUUAAAUGUAUUUUGAAGUAGAAAAUGGCCUUUAAGUCUGCGAGAACAUUUAAAUCCUUUUCAGGGAUUUGUGUAUGUCUGUGUGUAUAAAUAAGUGUAUAUACGUGCAUACACUCUUCUGUUGUUGUACAUACAUAUAUGCACAUUACAUUUUAAUUUAUUGACAAAUUUAAUCAAAUUAAGAUUUUGGUAAAAAAAAAGUUGGGAAAAGUAAGAUAUUCUUGUUUAAGAUAGUGUGUUUGAAAUCAUCCAUUUGUGUCUAAAAUUAUCAGUAGCACAAGGAUCUUGUCCAUAUUGAACCUGUUUGCUGUUUGAAUUAUAGAGAUCUAAACUAUUUGUGUUGGCAUAAUUUCUAUAAAAAGUUUUAAUAAUAUCAGGGUGGGGGAAAUUAUAUCUAUAUUUUUAUUCAGCAUGCAUUUAUUGAUAGAAGCAAUGCUUUGUUUUUGUUGUUUAACUGUUGUAUCCUAUUUGUAAGUUUAUUUACUUUAUCUUACAGAGUAUUGCUGGACCAUUUUUGGAGGUAUCUUGACUUUUACACAAAUACAUACAGGAUUUUAAAAGUAUCAGUGCACAUUUAGCAGUAGUGAUUUAUGCCAAAAAAUUUUAUUUUGACACUUAGGUGAUUUUCUUAAUAGUAAAAGGUAUUUUGUUGGAGAGACAUUAAAAAUGAAUCAUUGUCUUCAUUGAAAACUUGCUGAGAAGUAUCUGAAUCACCUAGUAGCUCCUACAAACACUGUAAAUUAAGACUAAUCAGUUACGUAUAGUAGUAUUUCUGAUUUUGUUGUAAUAAACAGAUUUCACAGUUUCUAGAUGUACAGGUUUGCCUGCUUAGCUCUUUUGGAAACAAUAAAUGCCCUCUUUUGUUCCACCUCA